AUGUCUGCCUCGGAUCGCACGCACCUGGUCGCUCUUCCUGCAGACUUCGCGCAGGAAUGGGCCCUCAAGCGAGCAGAUGAAUACCUCGCCAUGUCCUUCUCCCUUCGCACCCUGCACAACACUCUCGGCCCCCUUCACCGCGCCCUUCCUCCCGAGAUGCUCUCCGAGAUCUUCGCGCAUUGUUGGCAAGACAGAAGCAGCGUCGGAAUCAUGUCCGUUUGCCGUCACUGGCGUUCUCUCGUCCUCAGAACCCCGCGAUUUUGGACCGCUGUCGCUGCAGAGAAGCGUUUCCUCAACUUCGUACAGUGGGAAAAGCUCUCUAGGAAGCGGCAGGACCGGAGACGCGUGGAGAUCGACACCAUCCUCACACUCACCAGAUCAGAGCCCCUUAACCUGCUGUACAAUGGAUUCGUCGCUCAAAGCUCGCUGUUUCCACAUAUGUCCCAUGUGGCCAAGCUUGACGUUCGAGUAUGGGACCUCAUGCAGCUGCUAGACCUCUGCAAGACGUUCAACCAAGGAUAUCCGCUCCUGGAG